AUGGAGGCCAAAGUAAAGCAGUUUCGUGAAGAGGGUGCUCCGGUCAUCGCGCGCUUCAUGGAGGCAGAGGUUUUGCGCACCCAGAUUCAGGCCUGUAGUGAAGACUUGGUGAGAUUGCAGCAGGACUUGGCUGCAUGCAAGCAGGAACUUGAAGAAGGCUUGCCAAAACUUUCCGAGUUUGAAGACGACGAGGCGGAGUGUGCUGGAGCCAUUGCGCAGUUGGAAGCUUCGCACACUGAAGAGGUCGCUCUUCUGAAGGCUUUGCACACCGAGGAGUUGGAGGAGUUGAGAUGCGGACAUGCUUUGAAGGUCGCUGAGCUCGAGCGGUCCAAGGCAGAGCAGAUUGAUGAGCUGAAGCGCGUUGGAACGGAGGAAAUUGAUCAGUUGAGAUCAGCCUUGGGAGCUGCAAGGUGGCAGGCAGAUGUUUACGUGCGAGAGCAUCAGGACGCUGUGCGAGAAAUUUGCCUCAGGCAAAGGGAGAAUGCACGCUUGGCCAAGAAGCACGGCGAAGCUCGCCAAGAAGCAUUGGAAUUGGCAGUCCGCUUGGAGGCCCUACGAGCAGCUGAGGCAGGGGCUCCUGCCAGGGAAGCGGAACUGCAAGCUGUCCGACAACGCUAUGUACUGCUGCAACAGACGGCAGCUGAAUGGCGGGAGGCUUUGGUGCGUAAGCAAGGCGAUUGUGAAGUUUGGAGAAGACGUGCGGAGUCAAAAGGAGUUCCAACUCGUCGGGAGGACAUGGAGUUGCAGGCUGAAAUUCGGUCGGUGACUUCUAGUCCUGGUAGCCACUUGGGCAAAGCUGUGGGCUACCGCGCGGAGGGCAGUGGCAACAAGAUGGCUGCACGAUUUGCAAGUCCUUUCACAGACAAGAGUGAAUUUUCAGAAGGUGCACGCCAGAUACGGCCCUGGUCGGAUGUGUCAACAAUCAAGACUCCGACAAGGAUGCCCCUGGAGUCACGGCAGAGGCAAGGACGCUCUGUGGAGUCUGCCAGGAUGUUAUCAACUUGGUCGCGACCAGGCGCGAUUUCGCUGUCCACUCCGUCUUCCCACCCUGCAGGGGAGGUCAAAGACCAAGAACCACCCUGUACCGAAACGGAACAGGACUUACAACUUAUCGAAUCGAGUCGUGUUGGUGCCGGAGUCAAUGGCAUCUCAUGCAACUUGAUGGCCCAGCUGCUGCUGCGCGUGUUGCUACUGUGGACUAUUCCGGUAGCUACACUGAUUGCUGGGGUAGGCCCAGACUGGCUUGGUUUGGCUUUAUCGAGUGCAGCUUCAAUUUUUGAUUUAUAUCAUUGGCUGACUCUCAGCCCCAAGCGACGAUCCUCUGGUACUGCUUUGAAGUAUUUCCUCAUUCGAUGGGCUGUCCUAUGCAUUCUGCAGAUUUGGUCUUUACUGUUGCAAGAGAGCAUAAAGCCUGACCCUGUCAAACCGCUGGAGCCCGUUCAACAUGAUCAAGCUUCUUUGGCUCCAGCGAUGCGUGGUUCCAAGGCCUAUAUCAACCAGCUUGAGAGUCCGCAGAUUCCGGAACCCCAAGCUGUCCAUGAACCUCCAAGUAUUCCUCGAGCUUCUCUUGCGUAUGUUGGCGAGGGUAAUUUUGUGCUGGAUGCGGAGCCUGAAGAUCUGAAGUGGUCGCCUCGCACAAUAUCUGUGGUCCUUCCGUGUGCAGAAGAGCGUGAUUUGGCGUUCAAAACCGUCAAGUCCGUCUAUGACACAACACCCCCUGAAGCGCUGCACGAAAUCGUGGUGGUGGAUGAUGGCAGCAAUCCGCCUCUUUCGGCGACGCACUUGAAUGAAGAUGUUCAAAAGAAGUUCAAAGUAUUGAUUAAGAGGCACGAGCAAACAGUUGGCCUUAUUGGCGCCAAGAAGACUGGAGGGGAUGCAGCCACUGGUGAUGUGAUCGUCUUCUUUGAUUGCCAUGUUGCUCCGCAGCCCAAAUGGCAUCUUGACUUCCUUGGGCUCAUUGGAGAGAACUAUCGGCGGAUGGUGAUACCACAAAUUACUGCCCUGGAUAUUGACACCUGGACUCAGAUUGGAAGCGGAGGAGGUAUGUCCAAAUGUUAUUUGACUUGGGAUGGUGACUUCAAGUGGGGUGGCACUGAUGACAUGUAUAUGGGCAUGUUGUCCGGAGGGCUGGCAGGAAUGUCGAGAUUUUGGUGGGAUGAAAGUGGCGGAUUCGAUGCAAAGAUGUUGGGAUGGGGUGGUGAGAACAUUGAUCAAGGGGUCAGGAUGUGGGUUUGUGGCGGUGAAAUUGUAGCUGCUCCUCACGCACAAGUGGCACAUAUGUGGAGAACGCAUUCAAAAAAGACUGCUGCGCGGUACAAACAUGUUGGAGAUACGAUCUUCAAUCGGGCACGGGCCAUCCAUGCUUGGCUCCAAGAGUUUAGCGACAAGUUGGACGACUACCCAGCCUUCGCAAAUCGUAAAGCUCAUGGUGGGCCCAACUGGUAUGGUGACAUGACCACUUUUGAGAACGUCCGCAAGCGACUGAAUGGCUGCCGACCUUUCGCCUGGUACUUGAAGCGUUUCAAGGCAGUCUACGAGGAUGCUGGUCUUAUCCCGCCAGAGAUCUUCAUGAUCCGUGAGGAGCAGAGCGGCCUAUGCUUGCGCUUCCUUGGACCUGCAGGCACAAGUGGCCAGGGAACUGAAGGAGUGCAGUUAGAACAGUGUGAUGAGAGCAAUCAUCGCUUCUUUUGGCACGUGGGUAACCGAGAUAGGAAAUCCAAGAAGUGCUGCAGUGGCUUGCGGGCAUGGAACACUGAUCAGUGCCUCCAGGGCGGCCAGGGUGGUGGUCGGGCUGUGACUAGUAUUUGUGAGUUGUCGGGAGCACACUCUGCGCAAACUUGGUCUCUUACAAGCGAUGGUCAAUUGAAGCGUGGGAGUUCUUGUCUUGGGCCUGACAAUCAGCAACAACCAGGUAUAAAGGAGGCUCCUUGUGUGUCGUUCAGAAGUAAAGGUGGUGCAAGGUUUUCCAAGGUGAGUGCCACGAUGCCCAUUGAAACCCAACUAUACCGAAAAGCACAAAGAGAUCACCCUGAGGUUUUUGCACGGCUAAAUGCAGAAUCUGCUGCAUCUCCUGAAUCACCUCUGCCAGCAAGAUGCAAAGAGCGAGGCCGAAGUUGCUGGAAGCUCUUUUGGUCGGGAGGAACACAAUGCCUGGACAGUGAUGCCCAGUUUGUGGAUGCACAGGGUGACUGUGCCUUCUUCAUCUACGAGAACAGUCAGCUGAAGCAGGCUGAGUCCAUGGCCUGCUUGGACACCUGGUCAGAUGAGGAUAUCAACACUUGGGGACUCUAUGAAUGCCAUUCCGGAGACAAUCAGAAGUUUACCGAAGGGCCAAAAUUCUGCACAGCAGUGGAGAUUAGUGAACCUCAAUGUUUUCAAGGUCAAAAAAUGUAGUGAAGGUCUUUGUUCAGACGGACUUUGGUGUGGAGCAGCUCUUUGCACUGCGCAACGGAUAUGAAGACGGAUCAUAGUUUGUUUCAUGGAUGUCCAAUGGAUGUCACAUGAUUAUGUGGUGGAUGUCAUGAUGUGAAGUUGCCGAAGCCCACACUGAGCUGGCACGAGUAUCGAGCUCAUCAAGCUCUUGUCAACGAGGAUCAAAAGGGAGCACUUCCAUGCAAUGAAGAUCCUAUAAUCCUUCGCUAUUAGGUUGGUUCGCUCAUAGGUUGGAGGCCAUCGCUAGUAGGUUGGAGGCCAUC